CUUGUUUUAGUCAACAGUAGCUUGGGUGGCAAGCUAGGUAACUGGAUGAUAUUAUUGCAAAAAUGACAAAGGAGAACGCUGCUGUGUUGUAACUUGUUCCGUCAGUCUCCCAUUGCUGCUGUUCUCACAUUUACCUCCCUGGGUUGGGUUUCUGAAGACAAUUGUUUUAUGCUACUAAGUAGAAAGCAUGAGAGGAAAUGCAACUUAAGAAAAAGUGAUUCUUUAAAGUUAACUAUUAAUCAGAUUCAAACAAGCUGGAGCACAUUUCGAGCGAGGGUAUCUCGCUGGGCUGUUGAACGAGAAGGAACUGCAGAGUGAAGAAUAGGCAUGGGGAUACUCUAUUCAGAGCCCAUCUGUCAGGCAGCUUAUAACAACGAUUACAAUAAAGUUCAUCUCCUUUUGGAGCGCAACAGCGACUAUCUGAACGUCCAGGACAGCUGCAGUGGAGACACCCCCUUAAUUUGUGCAUGUAGACAAGGAAACAACAGGAUAGUUAACUAUCUUCUUAGAAAACAUGCUGAUGUCAACCUCAGAAAUAAGAAGGACCGCACUUGCCUCCAUUACGCUGUGAGAAAACGAUUUACCUUCCUUGACUAUGUGCUCAUCAUAAUCCUCAUGCCAGUUCUGCUCAUUGGUUACCUUCUCAUGGUCUCAAAGACAAAACAGAAUGAACACCUGGUCAAGAUGUUGCUUAGAGCUGGAGUCGAUGUGAAUGCUACAGACUCUUCUGGCAGCACAGCCCUUCACUAUGCUUGUGAAAUGAAAAACCAGGCAGUCAUUCCUCUACUACUUGAAGCUCAGGCAGACCCUUCUGUAAAGAACCAGGAUGGGGAGACUCCUUUAGAUAUAGCAAGAAGAUUACAGUUCCACAACAUUGAAAGCAUGAUAAGAAAAGAUUCUUAGCCAUCAAGGACUCUCAAAUAUGCAGAGAAUUACCUCAUCUGACAAUCCACCUUUUGCAACAGCAGAAGUCCUGCAGAGGGUGAGGGUGAUACUUGAUAAAAUCUCGGCCCACAUCCACCUAUUCCUUGCUGCAGAC